CCCCGACCCCUGCCCGGCCUGCUGCGCGCGAGGCCCCUGACGGCUCUGGUUCCCAGCCGGGCCCAGCGCAUCCCUUCCUACCGCACGCGAAAGACCCGAAAACCUUUGCUGAUUUUUGCCGGGUGUUGACAACUUGGGCUUGAGUGCCUUCGAGAAGGGGGCGUCACGCAGUUGUCAGGAGGUCCCUCUCCACUGUAUAUGCCUCCUUCGCUCGUUCCUGCUACUUCCUUUCGCCUCCUCCUCAUCUUUCCCCCUCGGUUCUUUACGCCACCUUCCCCCCUUAUUUACGGAUACUGCAUCUCCUCCCUGGAGUGUUGCUCAGCUUGUAGCUCUGGGCACCACUUCCUGGCCUCGGGAGGGGGUUCCAUUCUCUACCAAAAGAUCCUCUACCAAGAGGGACUGAAGAGCAACAAGCUUGCUCUGCUUCAGUUAGCUUUGAUGGGCUUGGCCCUGAGUUUAGUAAUUAGACAACUUGGGGAGGUUUUAGAUUUGCUAGUAGCUUUCUGAGCCCCUAAAAAAGCUCCCACAGGAGAUGGAAUACCUCUACAUCCCUGGUAGUCCCCACAACUUUUGUACUAUUAGGGUGUUUGAGAAGAAGGUCGGUGGAGGAAGUGUGACCUAGAGAUAGAAUUGGCCCGGAGAAGACCAUCUCUGAGGGAGGGGUUGGAAUGGAAAACAAAAGCAGUGGAUAGACAAAUGAAACUGAAAUGUCAGGAUUUCUGGGCAGAUAAGAAUCCCGACUGAAGCAAAAGAUCUCUGUUGGGAAUGAGUAAGGUUUAAGAUUAAAAUGAGGCCAGUUGACACAGAGCCUUGAAUUCCAAAAUCUGCUGUAGCUUGUAUAUUCUGCAGCAUGCUGGUUGGGAUGUGCUGUAAUUCAGUAUGUAUCCAAUUACCAGAAUCUUUUUGGAAAUGAUCGUAGAGUGGUAUCUGAUUGGAAGUUGGAGUCUGAUUCUAACAGCAACAAUAUCAAGAAAGAUUAUAGAAUGACUGCAAUCUGAGACCCAAGGAGGGAAAACUUCCAGGGUUUUUUGUUGGUUUGUUUUUUGCAUUUCAAGUUACCUUUGUGUCCUUUUGUUAUUCAGAGAGUACUUAGUCUUUGAAGAUAGAUUUGAAUAAAUUGUUUUCUAGGUCUAAAUUCCUUGCCCUGAAAUGGUGAAUGAUGUUGUAGGUUGACUAGAAUAGUGGUUUCAUGAGCAGAGUUGGGAUAAUGAACAUUCAUUCCCACACCAUGUCCUCUAACUAACCGUGUGCUCAAGUCAGUUACCCUCAGGUUAAAUGAUCAGCUUGAAGUCAGUUAUCAUCAUGAAAGUUCAUUGAGUAUACUCUGCCAGGUACUGGGGUGGAUGGAAGUGGGUAGCUGGGAGGAGAGAUAAUGGAAAAAAUAUAAGAUACUGGCCCUCUUUUUGUGAUGCCAAGGGCAGGGCUACCUAAUGACAUGGAAUGAUUAGCAUUAAGAGAGAAUUGAAACGCUAGUGGCUCAUUAUAGUUAUACUCUUUGUACCACCUAAUUACGGUGCAGGGAUUAUGGGUUUUUGAAUCUGCCAAUCCUUUCGUCCUUGUGAUAUGGGCUUCCUUGAGGGUCUCAGGCUUCUUGUGGGAAAGAGACCUUAUUUGAUAUGAGCUACAGCAUGUGAACUUCUUGGUCCUGAUGUCUGACCGUGGAGAUGUGAGCCUCCCACCCGAAGACCGGGUGAGGGCUCUCUCCCAAAUGGGUAGCGCAGUGGAGAUAAACGAAGACAUUCCACCCCGUCGGUACUUCCGCUCUGGAAUGGAGAUUAUCCGAAUGGCAUCUAUUUACUCUGAGGAAGGCAACAUUGAACAUGCAUUCAUUCUCUAUAACAAGUAUAUCACGCUCUUUAUUGAGAAACUACCAAAGCAUCGAGAUUACAAAUCGGCUGUCAUUCCUGAAAAGAAAGACACAGUAAAGAAAUUAAAGGAGAUUGCAUUUCCCAAAGCAGAAGAGCUGAAAGCAGAACUGUUAAAACGAUAUACCAAAGAAUAUAUAGACUAUAAUGAAGAAAAAAAGAAGGAAGAGGAAGAAUUUGCCCGAAACGUAGCCAUCCAGCAAGAGCUGGAAAAGGAAAGACAGAGGGUGGCACAACAGAAGCAGCAACAGUUGGAGCAGGAACAGUUCCAUGCCUUUGAGGAGAUGAUCCGGAACCAGGAACUAGAAAAAGAACGACUGAAAAUUGUACAGGAGUUUGGGAAGGUGGACCCUGGCCUGGACGGCCCACUGGUACCUGACUUAGAGAAGCCCUCCCUAGAUGUGUUCCCCACGGCACCUGUUAUAUACACACAGCCUUCGGACUGUAAUACAACUGUAAGGCCUGCCAAGCCACCUGUAGUGGAUAGAUCCUUGAAACCUGGAGCAUUGAGCAACUCAGAAGCUCCUACAAUCGAUGGACUGCGCCACGUGGUGGUGCCUGGGAAGCUCUGCCCACGGUUUCUCCAGUUGGCCAGUGCCAACACUGCCCGGGGAGUAGAGACAUGUGGAAUUCUCUGUGGAAAACUGACUCAUCCCACGCAGACCGCCUUCCUCUCCAGUGUUGACCUACACACUCACUGCUCCUACCAGAUGAUGUUGCCAGAGUCGAUAGCCAUUGUUUGUUCCCCCAAGUUCCAGGAAACUGGAUUCUUUAGACUAACUGACCACGGACUAGAGGAGAUUUCUUCCUGUCGCCAGAAAGGAUUUCAUCCACACAGCAAGGAUCCACCUCUCUUCUGUAGCUGCAGCCACGUGACUGUUGUGGACAGAGCAGUGACCAUCACAGACCUUCGAUGAGAGUUUGACUCAGACACUUCCCAAGAACUAUAAAACCAUAUCAGUGUACUGGUAGCCCCUUAAUUUAAACUUUCCAGAAAGCUCUGGAAGCUUUUUAAAACAGAAUAGAACGUAUCACCUGGGGGAGAACUGAUUUUCUAUUUCUGGUUUGAAAAGAAAUAAUUGAAUAUGUUUUUUAGGCACAUCUGGAAAAUAGCAUGAUCAUGCUAAAGCAACUUUUCAGUCUGCCUGUAACUAAAAAAUUAAGUUGAAAAAAUGUUGUAAUGAACACUUAUAUACCCUUUGUUCUAGAUUCACCAAUUGUUAACAUUUUUUCCCCUCUCAGAGAUCCUUCUAAUUUCUCGGCCAACUUGUUUAUUGUUUACCUUUGGACUAAUUAAGGGCAUCUAUGCAGAAAUUUGGAAGCCAUUUAGAAAAUCUUUCGGUUUUUCUGUGGUUUAUGGCAAUAUUAAUGAAGCUUAUCAUAAGGCUGAGGGAGAGCUUGCUGUGUUUGACCAGAUGGUGAGGCCCAAGAACCCUGAAGAAUGAUUUUGUCAGGAGUUAUUGUUAUUUAACAAAUAUUUAGGGAUAUUUUUUCUUCUACAAUAAAAUAACAACUAUAU